AUGGCGGCGGAGAACAUGGACCCCGACAUGGAGCUCAGCGACGAGGAAUUAGAAAGGGAAGCAGAGGGCUUCAAAGAGCAAGGCAAUGCCUUUUAUGUCAAGAAGGAUUAUGCAGAGGCGUUCAACUAUUACACCAAGGCAAUCGAUAUGUGCCCAAAGAAUGCAAGUUACUAUGGAAACCGGGCAGCCACACUGAUGAUGUUGUGCCGGUACAGGGAGGCUUUAGAGGACUCCCAGCAAGCAGUACGACUAGAUGGUACCUUUGUGAAGGGACAUCUGCGAGAGGGCAAGUGCCACCUGUCCCUUGGCAACGCUAUGGCGGCCGGCCGCUGUUUCCAGAAGGUUCUGGAACUGGAGCCAGAUAACAGUCCAUCCCAGCAAGAGCUGAAGAAUGCCGAGUCUAUCUUGGAGUAUGAGAGAAUGGCAGAGAUUGGAUUCGACAAGAGAGACUUCAGGAUGGUUGUGUUCUGCAUGGACCGUGCCUUGGAGUCUGCCCCGGCCUGCCACAAGUUCAAGAUACUGAAAGCAGAGUGUUUAGCCCUGCUGGGGCGAUACUCGGAGGCCCAGUCUGUGGCAAGUGAUAUACUGCGGAUGGACUCUACUAAUGCAGACGCUCUGUACGUGCGUGGUCUCUGUCUGUACUAUGAGGACUGCAUUGAUAAGGCUGUCCAGUUCUUUGUCCAGGCUCUGCGUAUGGCUCCCGACCACGAUAAGGCUCGUCUCGCAUGUAGGAAUGCCAAAGCACUAAAAGCCAAGAAAGAGGAAGGGAACAAGACAUUCAAGGAGGGAAACUUUGAGGCGGCCUUUGAGCUGUACACUGAAGCACUAACAAUAGACCCCAACAAUAUCAAGACAAAUGCCAAGCUGUACUGUAAUAGAGCCACGGUCGGAUCUAAGCUGAAGAAACUAGACCAGGCCAUUGAAGACUGCACUAAGGCCAUUAAACUGGAUGAGACUUACAUUAAGGCCUAUUUAAGAAGAGCACAAUGCUACAUGGACACAGAGCAGUAUGAAGAGGCAGUCAGAGACUAUGAGAAGGUUUACCAGACAGAAAAGACAAAAGAACACAAACACUUUCUCAAAACUGCUCAGCUGGAGUUGAAGAAAAGCAAGCGGAAAGAUUACUACAAGGUACUCGGGGUUGAUAAAAACGCCACAGAAGAAGAGAUCAAGAAAGGAUACCGCAAGCGGGCACUUUUACAUCAUCCAGAUCGUCACAGCGGAGCUAGUUCUGAGGUGCAGAAGGAGGAAGAGAAGAAGUUCAAGGAAGUCGGUGAGGCCUUCAGUGUGCUUUCAGACCCAAAGAAGAAGUCUCGCUAUGAUAGCGGGCAGGAUCUUGAGGAGGAAGGCAUGAACAUGGGAGAUUUUGAUGCCAACAACAUUUUCAAGGCAUUUUUUGGAGGACCAGGGGGUUUUAGUUUUGAAGCGUCAGGACCAGGAAAUUUCUUCUUCCAGUUUGGUUAAGUGGAGGAUAAAUCUACCUAAAUCGUUGCUACGUCAGGACUUUUCGGCAAUGUCAGCCCCUCAACCCACCAUCUGUAUUUAAUGACUGAAAGUCAGAUCCUUCUCUAUGCCAUUGACUCAAUGAAUGCAACCCAAUGACCACAUGCAGUGAAUGAUAUAACUCCCACUAUAGGAAGGACUCCAAGAUGGUUCAGAUUGAUUUACUAUUACUGGUUUUAGUUUUACUUCGAAGCAAACCUGAAUAUCAGUAAUAGGUACAAAAAACACUGGUCCAAAUGUUCUCUGGAUUUCUUUUUUUUUUUUAUAUAUAUAUAUAUAUGAAGGACAAAUUGUGCAGCUGUUAUCAGUUUGUAGGGAUCCAUGCAGACAGUGCCAUCCCAGGGAAAUCCAUGCCAUGCAACUAUUAUCCUUUUCAUCUUAGCUUUCAGAGAGUGUUUUCUGCAUGAGAGUUAGAAACCACGGUUCAAGUUACUGAGUGAAAUCACUGAGCAAGUGGCAAAUUUGUCUUUUGAAGAAUUUAUUAGAAAGCUGGCUGCUAUCAAUUCACUCUGAACGUUGCGUCAUUGUCACACCCGGAGGGAGCAAUCAGUCAUUUUCUAUAUACAUGAAAUCAAUUGCAUCUGGAUGCAGACCUACACAAGCAGCAAAGCCAGAGCAAAACUAGAGAAGUGGCAGUGAUGACAGCUUUGUUGCCAGAAGUCACGCGUUUUUGUCGUCACUGGUGUUAUGUUUGACGUUGCCAUUCACGGAUUGCUGCAUUGUACAUUUUACUGGAAUGUAAAGUGUUAAUUUGUGAUGUUAGUUAAUUUUGUUUCCAUGUUUUUUUUUUAACCAUAUAUUUAUUGUAUGUUUGCUUUCUUAUGAAAAAAUGUAUGUAAGAUGAUGAUACUCUUCUGUUUGAGAAUAGUCAAACAAGCAUUUCUCAUUAAAAGAAAAAAACAAAACAAUUUGCCAGAUCUGCAUGAAAUGUUUUUCUAAAAUGGAUUCAACCGCUUGUGUUGCCUGACUGAGUUGAGCUGUCAAUGUUUUAGUUGGAAGAGUGUCCUCAUCUUUGCUCAGUUUUGCCCUCUUUGGUGAAACAUCCUUU